GAGUGUUGAUGGAAAGUUAAUAGGCAUGGAGUCCCGGGUAAAGGGUGUUGUAUCAGCUUUGGAAACGGGUUCUGAUGACGUUCUCAUGAUAGGGAUCAAAGGGAUGGGAGGGGCCGGGAAGACAACUUUGGCCAGAGCUGUUUUUGAUCACAUCUCCAUUCAGUUCGAUGGUCAAAGCUUCGUUGAGAAUGUAAGGGAAGUUUCUAAAGCUUCUUUAUCUGGUUUGAAGAAACUGCAAAAACAGGUCCUUUCAGAUGUCUUAAAUGAAAAAGGAAUCAAAGUAAGUAAUGUUCAUGAAGGGAAAAAAAUGAUGAAAAAUAAGAUGCGUGCUCGAAAAGUUCUUGUUGUUCUCGAUGAUGUGGAUAAUAUCGAACAGCUUGAGGCAUUAGCCGGUGAGCCUAAUUGGUUUAAGCCGGGAAGUAGAAUUAUCAUUACAACCAGAGACGAGCAAGUGCUGGUUUCACACCGAGUAUAUUUGAUUCGUGAUGCCAAUCUGUUAUUGGAUGACGAAGCUGUUUGCCUCUUCAGUAGGUACGCUUUUGGAAAAGAGAUUCCGAUUCAGGGGUAUGAAGAACUAUCGCGACAAGUGGUAGGUUAUGCUUCCGGUCUUCCCUUAACCAUUAGAGUUUUGGGCUCCUUUCUUUGUGGUAAAGAUGAGCCUGAAUGGGAAGAUGCCAUUGACAGACUAAAAACGAUUCCCUUGAGGGAAACUCUUGAGAAAUUGGAAUUGAGCUAUAUUAGUUUAGAAGAGGAUUACAAAGAAAUAUUCCUAGAUGUUGCAUGCAUAUUGAAAGGGUGGAGAAAAGAUAAAGCAGUUGAAGUGCUUGAAAGCUGUGGAUUUCAUGCUAGAAAUGGCUUGAGAGUUCUUGAGCAAAAAUCUCUCAUUACUACUAAAUAUGGCUACUUGGGCAUGCAUGACCAUAUUGAAGAAAUGGGCAAAAAUAUUGUUCGUCGUUUGCACCCGAGUGAGCCUAGUAGACAUAGCCGAUUGUGGAUUCAAGAGGAAAUUGCAGAUAUACUGGCUAAUGAUUUGGGUACUGAAGCAACAAGAUGUAUAACAUUGAAAAUGACCACUAAGAAUUUCUGUGUAGAGACUUUUAUCAAAGGUCUUGGAAAAAUGAAAAAUCUUAGAGUUCUUGAUAUGGACAUGUCUGGAAGCGGAGAUCCUAGAGAAAUUGAUAUGGUCAUGUAUGGAAGCGGAUAUGGUACCAACGCCAGAGAAGUACCUGGUCUAUGCUUACCAAAUGCUUUACGAUAUUUCAGAUGGGACCUUUACCCUUUCGAGUCCUUAAUGAAAUCAUUUCAAGAGGACCAUCUUGUUGGACUUUUCCUAUUUGAAUGUGAAUUUAAACAAUUUUGGAAUUGUGGAGAAAGAAAGGUAGAAUUAUCUUAUGCGCUUACUAGUUUGAUGAUUCCAAAUAUUGAAACGAUAAGUCUCAAAGAAUGUUAUAGUUUCGGAGAACUUAACAUGCCCUUCGAAUGUUCAAAGCUCAAAACCAUCAACCUUGAAUAUUGCAGCGAGCUGAGAACCCUUAAGCUUGCGCCCACUCCAAAUCUCGAGACAUUAAUUCUUGCAGGAUGUCAUAAUUUAUUAGAACUUCACACGCCUUUCCGGUGUCCAAAGCUCAAAACCCUCGACCUUAGCGAUUGUGAGAUUUUGAGGACCCUAAAGCUUGCGCCCACUCCAAAUCUCGAGAAAUUCAUUCUUGCAGGAUGUCAUAAUUUAUUAGAACUUCACAUGCCUUUCCGAUGUCCAAAACUCAAAGCCCUCGAUCUUAACUGCUCAAAGUUAUGGACCCUUGAAUUUUGUCCAACUUUGGAUAUAGAGACAUUAAGUAUACAAGAACCUGAUUUGUUAGAACUUCACAUGCCCAAUGAGUGUCCAAACCUCAAAUCCCUCAGUGUCAACUCUUCAAAGUUAAGGACCCUUAAACUUGGGUCGACUCCGAACCUUGAGACAUUAAGUCUUGUAAGAUGUCCUGAUUUAACAGAAGUUCACAUGCCUUUCCGGUGUCCAAAACUCAAAGCCCUCAAUCUUAACUGCUCAAAGUUAAGGACCCUUGAAUUUUGUCCAACUUUGGAUAUAGAGACAUUAAGUAUACAAGAACCUGAUUUGUUAGAACUUCACAUGCCCAAUUGUCCAAGCCUCAAAUCCCUCAAUGUUAACUAUUCAAAGUUGAGGACUCUUAACCUUGGGUCAGCUCCGGAUCUUGAGACGUUAAGUCUUGAAGGAUGUCAUAGUUUAUUGGAACUUCACAUACCCAUAUGUUGUCCAAAGCUAUAA